AUGCGCUCAUCACAGCUCGCUAGCUUAUCGGCGCAACAGUCGUGCGGAACCUCGUUCGCCUGGAUCUCAGCCUUGGUCGGAGGCGUUGCGCUUCGCGAUGACGAUCUGGCUCCGACGAUGGUGCUGUUCUUCAUGCUGCUUACGUUUCUCGUGAUCGGGGGACUGCGCGUGUAUCAGGGGCGACGCAUGACUCGCAUCCUGGUCAUCUUUGUGCCCACGCUGUGCUUCGUUCUCUGCCUCGACAUCUGUGCCGCACUACGAGCAGACAUUUCGAACCGGUCGCACGCGUCCGCAUCGCUGGUGCAGACGCGCGAGGGGCUUGCCGAGCUUGUGGCGGCGAACGGAUUGGUGGGGUGCGCACCCAUGAUGCUCACCGAGACGAGCCACCAGGUGUUUGGUCUGCUCAACAAACGCAUCGACCCAGCAGCCAAAAGGUGGAUCCGAUAUACGGCGUAUGUUGCUCGACUGCUCAACUUGGUCGCACUCAUCAUGGUGGUCAUCGCAACGUGCGACCUCGCGUCUUAUUUGACGGCGUGGUUGGAUCAGACAAGGUUGGCGGCUGUGGCGGCGGAUGCGGGAUGGACGUGCGAGACAAGCACGCUCGGACGCGAUCUGACGCUGCUGCCGCUCAUCGCUAGCGGUACGCAGGUGGUCACCCUACUCGUGUGUAUCCGGCUUCGAUACCGGCUUGCAUUCGGAGUGAUGCUGCACCUCACCUGCAUCAAGCUCUGCCUCGCCUUCCACUACACCUGGCGAUGCGCGCGCGACUGGUCAGCAGUGCAACUCUACCUCGGCGGGGACUGGAACCACUCGUCGCCUUCCUCCAUCCAGACCGAAGGGCUCCAAGAUCUCGCCCACCUCCUCCGUCGAGACGCCGAGGACCCCACGCUGCUGUACCUGCUUGGCAUCGUCCCUCUCGUGCUGGCCAUGAUCCUGGUCUACAUGCUCAACUUGACGGUGUACACUGAUCCUCCGGCGGUAGUGGCGGCUGCACCGUCUCGAACGCGCUUCCGACUCAUGCUCGAUCCGGCCGCACCCAAGAUCGAGCUGCUCCCGACCAAAGCCAAUGCAGCUGCCAGCAAGGAUGCGGGUAAAGGCAAGGGCAAGGGCGACACCAAGAGCACCGCCGAAACACUCGUGGUCAAACGCGGCUGGUUGGGAGGAUGGACGGUCCAAUCCGCCACCAACGGGCCUUCGUGGAUGGACAAGGCCAAGAUGCGCGCUCGACGCAAUGUGCGCAAAUGGAUCAUGGGCUGGUCCCCCCCCACUCCCACCCCAGCCUAA